AAGUGAACCCAUUCACCUGCUUUACUGAAACCUCGACGACAAUAAUCCCCCUUCGCUUUGAGCAACCCGAACUUGAACGCUCUGUUCCCCGUCGAUUCUCUAAGGCGAACUGCUCGCAUCUUUUGGCUCCACCACUUGGGCAGGUGCGACCGCGCCUUAUAACGCCCCGCGUUUCUCAACGCUCGCGCACUCUACCACUGCACACAGCAGCUGUGGAAUCACUCGCCGCAACAUGUCUGCAGAAACAAUCACCUCGCUUCUGAGCUUCCAGCCAGAUGCCCCAGAGCUACAGCAGAAGCGCGAAUACGACAAAGAAGCCCGCGAGUUCACCAAACUAGUCAAUGGGUUGACUCCGGCCACCUUUCUCAAGGGAGCAGACUCUCCCCAAGACCCUCUGAACGUGCUUGAACCCGCAACCAACUCAAUCGCUUACGCCUUUACCCUCCGCCACCGCAUCGAAGCGGCCAACAAGAAGAGCGUCGACCAACUCCGACCAGGAGCCUCGCUGUGGAACAAGCUAGUGCUGUUUCUAGAGUCGUUCGAUCCUGUUCAGAUGCGCUACGCCGGAGAACAAUGGAGGAAGUUGGUGGAAUAUGUCGAGCUGAUUGCGCGAAACGAAGGAGCGCCUGCACUUGCUAUCGCUCCCAUACGCUCGGCAAUGUUCCGCCUCGACCCCACCACCGGUACCUUUACUUCGACGCACCUCCGCUUCAUUCAGCUAUGCAUGGAGACUAGGUCCUACAAGGCUGCCCUGCCUGUUCUCGACAAUUACAUACACAGCCUCCCCACCGUCAUCGCGAAGGAGACGUUGGAAGACCUAGAGUACUCGGUAAUGGCUGCGGACAGCGUCGCGAGCGGAGAGUUCAUAAACUUAAAAUCAGGUCACACAGCUAAGAUUAGCUUAACGGAUCUGCAAGAGUACUAUGUCCUAGGAGCAAUGGCGUAUCUUGGAGAGAGGCGGGUCUAUGAUGCUCUAUAUUUCUUGGAGCACGUGCUUGUGACACCGACGAAUAACGCGCUGAAUGGGUUGAUGCUCGAAGCAUACAAAAAGUGGGUAUUGAUUAGCUGUUUGGCGGACCGGUCGCACAAGACGCCCCCGCGGACAAUGAGCAGCACCGCGGUGAAGAAUUGCAGGAACGCUGCCAAAGCGUACGAGGCGCUUGCGGAAGCUUUCCAGCAGGUGAACAACCUGCCCAAACUCAAAGCACAAGUCAAUGCAGGCAGGGACAUCUGGGCCGAAGACGGGAACACAGGUCUAGUCGAGGAGCUCUUGGAACACCAGAAUCGAGCCUAUCUGUCACGCCUAUCACGAACGUACUCGGCCAUUCCUGUCUCAAACAUUGCCCGCAACGUGGGCAGCAGCGCAGACCAAGUGACGACGUUUGUGGACUCGCUGAUUCGACAGGGUCUCCUAAACGCCCAACUUGAGGCGAACGACAAGUCAGGAGCAGGCGCCGUGUUGCGUUUCUACCUCGACCCGACCCAGGGACCCCUUGCCAAGACGGAGAAGCAGCAGCAGCAGGCGCUGUUUGAGCAGACGCAGCGGACGAAUGCGCUGGCGGAGCAGGUGAGGGACGCGGACUACCGUCUAAGCAUUACCAAGGAGUACGUGGAGUACCUCAAGCGACAGAAGAAGAAGAAUGGGGCAGGGGCAGGCGGAGGUGCAGGAGUGGACGCGAUGGACAUGGGUUUUGAAGAUGGCGACCUGGACGAGGAUAUCAUGGGUGACCUGCGCUGAGGGUCGAGGAGACGCUAGGGCGUUCAGAUAUGUUCACACGUGUACAGUGGCUGCAAACCGAUCACCGUGACAGAUGCAGGUCGUCUCGGGGUAGGCAGUCAGACGGGCUAUGACGCAACAACGGUAAUGAAUGAAACACGACUAGAUGGGGUUUCUCGGGGCCACGAUGGAUGGGAGUGGGGCCUCGAGCUGGAAGACAAGGUUGACGGAGUGCAGCCACGUAGAUAGGUGGACGAGAGGCGCAGAUGGCCACGCAACGACCAGUUAGCGAC